UGGAACGUUGGAAAUUUUACAUUGUUGCCCAAUUUAAAAUAAACGAGAAGCUCAGAAGAAGGAAGAAGGAGGAGCUUUUGAUCAAAAUUUCAGCUUUAACCCGCAAAAAAUUUCUUUUUUCUUUUGUAAUUACAAUCUAUUUAACAAUAACUAUAAAAAAGUUUGAAUCUUGUUAUGGAAAAUCAAGUGAUUGAGAAAACUGGAGUUGGGUCAAUUUUGCAAUUUGCUCCUCUUCAAAGUUCAAUUGAUGAGGGUUUUUGGCAUCGAUUGUCUUCUUUGAAGCUCAACCAUUGGAAAACAGAGGAAUCUGCUGUCUCAAUUACUGGAUUUGUUGCACCAUGUUCACAUUAUCGAGUAUCAAACCACUUAAAUCUUCUUUCUGAGUCUUUUCCAUCUGAAAGUAGUCAUCAUUCAACAUCAAUCAUUUCAAAUUCAAAUAGAAACAGAUGUGCUGUCCCCGGCACAUUCUUCAAUACAAAUACAAUAGAGGGCUUCCGUGAGCUUGACAGACAGUCAUUAUUAAAAGAAGAAGCAAAAAAGAUUUGGGAUGAUAUUCAUAAUGGGGAGAUUGAAAAAGAAUGUGCACUACUUUCUAGAUUUCUUCUUAUUUCUUUCGCUGAUCUCAAAAAAUGGAGGUUCUACUACUCUGUUGCUGUUCCUGCUUUGGUGCUUAAUCCUCCUGCAACUUUGGCUACUCUGAAGCCUGCUUCAGAGUGGUUCAGUUUGGAAGAGGCUGAGUCCGUGUCCUCUGCUUGCAAUGAGUGGCGUAGCUCAACAGUCACUGCAGGUGUUCCCUUCUUUCUUGUUACUAUUGCCUCGAAUUCGCAUGCUAGAGUUAGGCAUCUUAAUGAAUGGGAAUCCUGUCGACAGGAGAGUGACAAGAUUUUGUUUGGCUUUUACGAUCCUUGUCAUCUUCCAAAUCAUCCUGGCUGGCCUCUUCGCAACUUGCUUGCCUUUCUGUAUGCAAGAUGGAACCUGGAAACUGUCCAUUUCUUUUGCUAUCGCGAAAACCGUGGUUUUGCAGAUAUGGGGUUAUCACUUGUUGGUGAAGCUUUGAUAUCUCCUCAAGAAUGGAAGGAUCAUGAUCAUGUACCUAACACUGUGGGAUGGGAACUUGAUAGAGGAAAAAAAAUAACAAGAUCUGUUGACCUUGCUCAAUCUAUGGAUCCUACUAGAUUGGCAGAAUCUGCUGCAGAUUUGAAUUUGAAGUUGAUGAGAUGGCGGGCAUUACCGUCUCUAGACUUGGGUCUUUUAUCUGCUACUAGGUGUCUUCUUCUUGGAGCAGGCACUCUAGGAUGCCAGGUUGCUCGGACACUGAUGGCUUGGGGUGUGCGGAAGAUAACACUACUAGACAAUGGCAAGGUGGCUAUGUCUAAUCCACUGAGGCAAUCAUUAUAUACACUGGAAGAUUGCCUUAAUGGUGGUCAAUACAAAGCCGUAGCUGCUGAAAGAAGCCUAAAGUCUAUAUUCCCAGUUGUGGAUGCAAAAGGUAUAGUGAUGGCUAUCCCAAUGCCCGGGCAUCCAGUAUCUAAUCAAGAGGAAAGCAGCGUGUUGGAUGAUUGCAGACAACUGCAGGAAUUGGUUAACUCCCAUGAUGUAGUUUUCUUAUUGACUGAUACAAGGGAAAGUCGGUGGCUUCCAACCCUCCUCUGUACCAGUGCUAACAAGAUUACAGUGAAUGCUGCAUUGGGGUUUGAGAGCUUCUUGGUUAUGCGUCACGGAGCGGGUCCCGUCAGUUCUUGUGAAGCGGCUGACACUUUGUCAUCUGAGAUGGGAAACUUAUCUACAGGGGAUGAAGACAAGGGACCUAGAUUGGGCUGCUACUUCUGCAAUGAUGUGGUUGCUCCAAUCGAUUCAACUGCCAACCGCACUCUUGACCAGCAGUGUACAGUCACACGUCCAGGUCUUGCUCCGAUUGCUUCAGCGCUUGCAGUUGAGCUUUUAGUGGGACUUCUACAUAAUCCUCUUGGGAUAUAUGCACCGGCUGAAACUUCAAGUUCGAGUGAGAGUGGAGCCAGUGAUCAGCCUCUUGGUAUACUUCCACACCAGAUUCGAGGCUCUCUCUCUCAAUUUUCACAGAUGAUGCUUGUCGGUCAUGCUUCAAACAGCUGCACAGCUUGUAGUGAAACUGUAGUAUCAGAAUUCCGAAAGAACGGAAUGGAAUUCAUUUUGAAGGCAAUUAACCACCCGACGUAUUUGGAAGAUCUAACUGGACUAACAGAGUUGAAGAGAUUAGCUAACUCAUUCGACGUAGAUUGGGAUAUUGAAGACGAUAUUGAUGACGAAGAUUGUGUCGAAAUCUGAGGCUCAAUUUCUAAGCUGAUCCGGUUUGCUUUUAAUAGUAAGAUAUAAUUGUAUCUACUAUCAUUUUUAUCUACUAUCAGCUAGUUAGCAGUGUAAUUUGUGAAUUACUACAAAGGAAGUACAGAGCAACAAUGUAAUGGAACGAAUGGUAAUAUUGGCUAGACCAUUGAAGCCAGCUACAUGUUUGUUUUCUUAACAACACAAGAUGUAAAGAAGCACCUAUUCUUUCA